AUGGGCGUAUGGAGCAGCAAGCAUCUUGCAGUGCUUGAUACAACGUGGGUUACUGAGGCACCUGGAAAAAAUAACAAUAAAGUAGCUCAUAUGAGCAAAACCAACUAUUCAAUAACACGAUUUGCCACCUGGAAUGUCAGAACUGUGUUACCUGGAUGUGACACUCCUACAGAUGCUGCGCCUAUAGUCAGAAAAGCAGCCACAAUUGACAGAGAACUCCUGCAUCUUCGCGUUGAUGUGGCUGCAUUACAGGAAACUCGUCUCUCUGGGGAAGGCAGCCUGCAUGAAGAUAAUUACACCUUUUUCUGGAAAGGAAGAGAAAUUGGAGAAAGAUGUGAACACGGAGUUGGCUUUGCAGUGCGAAACAGUCUUCUCAGCUGCUGCAAACCACCAAAAUCUAUUUUUGAACGAUUAACAACUUUGAGAUUAAAGACAACAUCAGGCCCCGUCACAUUAAUCUCUGCAUAUGCUCCCACUAUGAAAGCGCCACCUGAAGUCAAAGACAUGUUCUGUGAAGACCUGCGGAAAUGCCUUGAGAAUGUUCGUGGAUCAGAUAAACUCAUGUUACUGGGAGACUUUAAUGCCAGGGUUGGGAAUAAAUGGAACAACUGGACCGACUGCAUUGGCCCAUACAGCAUUGGAAAUAUGAAUGAGAAUGGUCAGCGACUGCUGGAACUUUGCACCUCUCUUUCUCUCUGUAUCACUAACACUUACUCCCAGAACAGAGAUGUGCACAAAGUAACAUGGAAACACCCACGUUCAGGCCAUUGGCAUCAGCUUGACUUCAUCAUAACCAGAAGAAGCAACCUACGUCAUGUCCUUAAUCCCCGCAUAUAUCACAGUACUGACUGUGAUACUGAUCACUCUUUAGUUGUGACAAAAUCACAGUUCACACCAAAGGAGAUUCACUCAGCCAAGAGUGUUUGUCGAAGAGUGAAGAUCAACACCAAAGCCAUUCAAGAUGACGCGCUGUACAAAAAGUUCAGUGAAGAAACUGAGAUGAAACUGAAUCCUGAGCAAUUUAUAACUGCACAUAGUGCCAAAAAUAUGUGGCAUCUAGGUAAAGAAAAUAUUAUGCUGACAGCUAUUGGAACAUUUGGGAAGCAGGGUAGGACUCAAAGUGCCUCCUUUACUGACUGUGAAAGUGAGUUGCAUACAUAUAUAGACAAGAAACGUAAUGCUCAUAUACAGGUUAUGAAUAAUCCUACAGACCACUGA